UUGAAGUGUAUCGGAUGCAAAUCCUUAUUUAGAUGCGCCUUCGCGCAGAGAUAUUGCUGGCACUAGCUAUGCCAUUGGUAUUGCUAGCUCAGGAUGCUGUGAUUACACCACCUACUGAGACCACACUCCUUGUUACCACUACGUCAGCUUUACCGACAAUCACAUCAACGGCACCUAUUGCUGCUUUAUGUAGUGAGAGCGAUGCUUCUUGGUUGGCCUGGUCAGAAUGGUCAAACUGCUCAGAUGACUGCGGCUCCUGCGGAGUGCAUAUGCGCACUAGAACAUGCCUGACUACCGUCGCAGGAUGUGGGUGCGAAGGACAAUCAACAACUAUCGAAUAUUGCAAUCUGGAAAUAUGCCGUUACCCAAGGUCUACCUGUUGCUACAAUUUGAAGGUCACAUCUUACAAUGGUCGAUUUGCUUGUCUUCAGAACAGCACAUUCAAUCGCGAUUCUAAUUGAGAAGGAGAGCAGAGAAGGAGUGAUACGCCUUGUCACCAGAAAAAGAAGAUCUUGUACGUACUCGUAAUUCCUGCAGCUUUAUCUCUAUUUUGAUCAGUGACUAUUUUCGAGCAGAUUUUCCUUUCUUGAUGCCACUAGUUCUUGUGCAACAUUGAGCCGAAUAAACAGCUACUGCAC